CUUGUACACUCUUCGGCAUCUCGGCUUUGUUAACAAAAGGGUUUCCAAUUCCAAAACCAAAGCGCAGGAAACAGUGAGAUUAGCGAAGAAAUGGCGAUGGCGAUGGUCCGAUCUGGUGCUCUUCGCACCGCUUUGCGUGGUGGCUCUCGUGCCUCUGCUCCUCCCAAGCGUUCCUUCUCCUCCUCUGCUCACCACGACGACGCUUAUGAGACGGCAAAAUGGGAAAAGAUAACAUAUUUAGGCAUUGCCACAUGCACGAUUUUAGCGAUUUAUAACCUAUCAAAGGGCCAUCCCCACUAUGAACAGCCUCCUCCGUACCCGUAUUUGCACAUUCGCAACAAAGAGUUUCCAUGGGGUCCAGAUGGGCUUUUUGAGGCGAAGCCCCACCACCACUAAGACAUUGAUGGCGCAUUUGAAGGAGAUAUCUUCCAGAAUAACUCAUGUUUAUCACAUUCCUCUCCUUCUGUCAGAUUCGAUUGGACUACCUCUGCAUGUUGAUGACAGCUCUCUUUCUUUUUGCAUUAUGAAUUGUGGUUUAAAACUUGCAAGUGGCAAAUUGUUUAGUACUUGUUUUAGAUUGUUUGUUUUCUACACCCAACUCAGCAGCUAAAUAAAAAUUCGAUGAUAGUUUGGAUGGUUCA